GAUAUUUUUAGCAAAAAAAUGGUAGGGCAAAUCGAAUUAACUAAAAACAACAUUCACGUUUCCAAUUUAGGACUUUUCCUAUAUUUAAUAUUUUAUUGUCAUAAUGACCUUCAAGUAUCAUUUACUUUUAACGUUAAACGUUUUAUCAAAAUCUCUUUGUCCGGUUGUCAAGUAGAAGAUAAUUAAUUAUUUCGCACAACGGUACCUAGUCAUUCUAUUUCAAAUUUCGUUCCAAAUGAACGGCAAGAUAAAUUGGUCACUUUACGGAGCCGCAAUCUCCGUGAACAUUGUGUCCCUAAUUUCUGGAUGUGGUUAUGGAUGGACUUCACCUGUGCUACCAAAGUUGAAAAAUGAAAACGAUCUUAGUGAUAACCCGUUUGGAAAACCGAUAACUUCAUUUGAAGAGUCAUGGAUCACAUCAAUUAUCAGUAUUGGGGCCGCUGUUGGACCUUUCUUUGGAGCCAUCAUCGUGGAUAGAAUCGGAAGAAAAAAAACUCUGCUGUUGUUGGUUCUGCCUAUAAUUCUAGCCAAUCUAGUCCUUGCUUUUGCCACCGACAUUAUUCUGUACUACGUUAGCAGGUUUUUACUUGGUCUUACUUUUGGUUGUGUAUACUCGAUAGUUCCCAUAUAUGUUGGUGAAAUUGCUGAGGAUUCUAACCGAGGUAACGUAGGAUGCUUUUUGUCUAUGAUGUGUACAAUUGGAACAUUACUAUGCUUCAUAAUUGGCCCCUACGUAAGCAUCAAAAUUUUCUGCUUGAUUUUGAUUAUUCCAGUUGUAGUGUUUUUAAUUUCAUUCGGGCUUUUUAGUCCCGAAAGUCCAUAUUAUCUACUUAUGAUGAACAGAGAUGAUGAAGCGAGAGCCGCCCUGAAGAAACUCAGAAGAAACUACGUUGAGAAAGAAUUAGAAGAAAUGAAAAAAAAUGUAGAAAUUUCUUCGUCAACUAGUACUAAUUUAAAAGAUUCCCUGAAAUCCCCAGCAAUUAUCAGAGGGCUUUACAUAGGUUGUGGUUUAAUGUUCUUUCAACAAUUUUCAGGCAUCACCGUCAUCAUUUCCUACAUGCAACCAAUUUUUGAUGCUUCUGGCAGUACUAUUCCGCCUGAAAUUUCCACAAUAAUUGUUGGGUCGAUACAGUUGAUGGCAAACUUGACGACAUCUCAGCUAGUCGAUAGAUUAGGUCGCAAAAUACUUUUAUUGGGCUCCUUAGUUGGUGGGUGUGUUGCUCAUACAAUUUUGGGUGUCUAUUUUUAUCUGCAAACCCACAACUACGAUGACGUGGUUUCUUAUCUCUUUUGGUUACCUGUUUGUUGCUUAAUCCUCUACAUUGUGUUGUUCAUGUUUGGUUUAGGACCAGUAACGUGGGCUAUGAUCGGCGAACUUUUCCCAACACAUUUCAGAUCGUUCGCUUCGACUUUAACUUGUUUCGUCUGUUUGUUCUUGGCUUUCAUUUUAACCUUUUUUUUCCCCAACUUUUCCGAAAUGCUUGGAAUGGCGGCUUCUUUUUGGCUCUUUGGUACGUCUUGUGCGUUCGGGGUAAUCUUUGUUUGGAGAGUAGUACCCGAAACCAAGGGAAAAAGCUUACAUGAUAUCCAAAUGAUACUGGAAAACAGAGGCAAAUGUUGAGCUUGUUUGUAAUAAAAAAAUUUUAUAAACCUUA